UUUAAUGGCAGUGUUAUUGAAAGUGAUGUCGGCAGCGGGAUUUUUUGCACGGAUGUAGAUAAUUUUGAAGAGAACAAAAAAGCAUUUAAACGUAAACAUUUGACUUCAAAAAUUUGAUUCUCACAAUGAAUUUAUUUGACCACGUGAAGCAAUUACACGAUUCGGAAUUAUACCAAGAUUUAAGUCAACUGGCAAGUGUUGUGAUCACUCUCUGUGACAACAGUACAGAUGUGGAACUUCUCACACUUCAGCAGCGCUACCAAUGCAUGGUUUACUAUGGCAACGCCCUUUACAACAUGUCACAGUACCUCAAGGCAGAGGACACAUACAAGAAAGCUAUAAUUCUAAGGAAGGGUUUCAACAAGUCAAAGGUCAAAGGUGGGCCACCAUGUCACAUGGAGCUGACCUCAGAGGUUGAAGUGAAGUACAAGAUGUACCAGUGUUUGUUACAACAGAAGCAAUACAAAGAAGCCAUGUCUGUGCUGGAGGGAAUCAGCUCACGUCAGAGAAACCCAAAGAUUCACCUGGCUCUAGCCAAACUGUACCUGAGGGCAGGAAUGGACCGGUCAGCAAUAACAAGCUACAAGGAGGUCAUCAGGGUUUGUCCUCUGGCAUUGGAAGCUCUGAACGGUUUACUUGGUCUAGGGGUCAAGGGUUCAGAUGUAGCGACUCUUGUGAUAAAUGGUCUUCCUCAUGGCACACCCAAUGAUUGGCUAUCAAUGUGGAUCAAAGGACAAGCACAUUUGUCGUCUCGAGAGUUCAGCAGUGCUGUCGCAACAUUCCAACUGAUGGACACAAAAGCUUACCUCAAAGAUAAUGUUCUCCUAGUUAACAGUCUGGCCGAGGCCCUCUUCUAUGAUGGUCGCUACUCUGGUGCUCUACAAGCCUUCCAAAGGGUACAUGCUCUGGACCCACUUCAGGUGAAGAAUAUGGAUCUAUAUUCCUACCUCCUAUCCAAAGAAGAUAAAGUGAAAGAAUUACAAAGGUUAUCCCAGCGCCUAAUGAAGAUCACAGAAUAUGCUGCAGAAUCCUGGAUCUCCAUUGGAUAUUUCUCUAUGGUCACUCACAAGGAAUCUCGAACCAGGACUGUUUACUUUGCACAAAAAGCCAACAACUUGGAUUCUUUUAACAUAGAGGCAUAUCUACUGAAGGGGGCAGCACUGUUAGAACUGAAGAAAAGUCAGGACGCCUCUCUGCACUUCCAGGAGGCUCUGAGACUGGCCCCACACAGAUACGAGGCCUACCUAGGUCUGAUCAACUGUUACAUGGCUAGUCAUCGUACAAGAGAAGCGCUCUCCUGGGCUGGAAAGGCCAUCAAAAUUCUAGGAAACAACGCAAGGACCCUUACACUCUAUGCAUCAGUAUUAUCCAAGGAGCCAACCAUGACUGCAAAGGCUAAACCUUACUUGGAGAAGGCAAUGAAGAUGGACCCUAAUUUCCUCGACCCUGUGUAUAUAAUGGCAGACAUUCUGUCUCGGGAACAUCAGUAUGAGAAAGGCAUAGAAUUACUCAGGAAACAGCUACAAACCCAAAGUACAUGUCAACUUCACAGGACUUUGGGUGACUUCCUGGGCUGCACAAAUGAACACUUAGAAGCUAUUGACCAGUACAGCAUAGCACUCAGCCUGGACCCCACCAACAGUCGAGCACGUGAGGGGAUGGAGAGGGUGGAGAAACAGAGUGACAUGGGAUUGAUGGGCCUCAGUCUGGAGAACUCUUAUGAUGUCGAUGACAUCGAAGGCAGCGACAAUGAUGGAGACUUUGAUAAUAGUAACAGUGAUGUGGAGAGUACCUGGUCAGAGACAGAAUACACCUAGUUCUCUGCCAGUAUAUAAUGUGUAUGGGUGAAUGAUAUGACAUUUAAGCGACAAGUAUUUGAUACCUACCAGUCUACAUACAGGGACAUGGGACGUACCAGCUGGUCAGGGACAAUUUGGCCAAUGUAUAAUGUGUACAUACACACAGGGACAUUAGAAGUACCAGCUGGUCAGGGACGCCUUGGCCAAUGUAUAACAGGGACAAGAGAAGACAAAGGAAUACCUCGGCCUAUGUAUAAUUAUACCCCUACUUUGAUAAGAGGGGAGGGAGUUUUUAGUAGUUAUUCUGUGAACACAAUAUCUCUUCAAGGACAUAUUUAGUUCAUAUUUAGCUCACCUGCCUGAAAGGCAAAUGAUCUUAUGCCUUGUUGCAAUGUCUGCCAGCCAUUCAGCAUCAACAUUUUCUCAAUAACCAAGAGGCCCAGAGACCUGAUGUUAGAUAUACAGCAUGCUAGGGUGAAGGUCUACCAAAGUUGUUCAAAUGAAAGACCUUGACCUACAUUCAAGGUCACAGGGAUCAAAUGUGUUAAACUCUUUAAAUAAUGACCAAGAGAUCCAAAGACCUAAUACUGGACCAAUAUGCUGGAAUAAAGGACUAAACUUUAUUUAAAUGAAUAAACAAGUGUUAGCAUCUGCACAAAUGA